GAGGAUAUCUAAUUAAAAACAGAAAAUGACAUUAAUGUUUGGUGUAAUCUGGUUGUAAAAGGAAACAACAAGAACCAGCAGGUUCUAGAUUCUUAAACAGGAUUGAAAAGCAUAAGCUAAGAAGUUAAAGAAGAGAAAUAGUAAGGAUAAAAGGGAAGGAGGUGACAUGGAAAGCGAAGCCACCAAUAAGUCAAGAGUUGUAAUGGUGGAGUCAGGGGAGUCUUGGGACUUCUAUAUCUCCCAAGCCACCGCUCAAACCCGCCCUAUCGCUGUUCACUUUACUGCUUCAAGGUGUAUGCCAUCAGUGGCCAUGAACCCAAUUUUUGAAGAUCUGGCUGCAGCUCAUCCAGAUAUCCUGUUUCUCACUGUUGAUGUGGAUGCUGUCAAGGAAGCAGCUGCUAAAAUGGAGGUGAAGGCCAUGCCAACAUUUGUGCUGAUGAAGGAUAGUGCUCAAGUUGACAAGAUAGUGGGUGCAAAUCCAGAAGAGAUAAGGAAAAGGAUUGAUAGUUUUGUUCAGUCCAUUCCUGCAAAUAUUGCACAGUCUCUGUGAUCUUUAUGCAUACAUGUGUGUAUGUGCCUGUUGUUGUCCACUGCUGCUUCAAGUGCCUGUGGCUUGCAAGAGCGAUUGAGAUCUUUAGUCAUUUCCCCCUUUCAUAAAGUUUAUUGAAGUCUACUGCCUGCCUACCUUAUUCAAUGAAGCUCAUUUAUAUGUGAUUAAAAUUCCCUAAAUUAUUAUAUGGAGAGUCGUAUAGAUCAAAAUUGACUAAUUAAUUG